AUGGUAACCACCGACGAGGGAAUAAAAGAAGAAAUUCUUCAGAACCCCGAAUUGUACGGCCUGAGAAGAUCGCAUAGGGCCAGUGCACAUUCAGAGCAACAUUACUACGAUGAAGACGAUGAUGAAGACGAUAUCGUUGUAACUAAAUCAAGGAGAAAUAGGAAAAUUGAUCACGAAGAGGAAUACGACAGAGUGGAUUCAGAGGAAGACAAUGACGCACAAUCGACCGAGGAAGGUGAAGAUGACACUCAUGACGAAGAUGAUGACGACUACGGGUACACAAAGAAGAAGAGCAAAAUCGGGGCAAAUAAGAAAAAACCCAAGCCAAUUAAGGAGGAUGACUUUGUUUUACCCACAAGAUUUUCCUCUCGUAAUAACAAAACGGUAAAUUACAAUGUAGACUAUUCUGAUGAGGAUCUGCUUGAGUCUGAACUAGAUGAAGAUGAUGAUGAUGAGGAGGAAGAUGAUAACUUGGACAAUGAGGAAGACUAUGAUAGAGAAAUGUCCAUGACGCCCGCCUCUAUGGUAUCGGAUAAUCAUAACAUCGAUAUAGUUAUUACGCAUAGAAUCAAGGAACAAUAUAAUGAGCAGAAACCGGAGCUGAACAAACAGGUACCCAGCUUACAUGAUUGUAAACAAUAUUAUGUGUUUUUUAUCAAAUGGGCGGAUCAAUCUCAUUUGCAUAACAGUUGGGAGUCUUACGAUUCCUUAUCGCAAACCCGUGGACUGAAGAGACUCGACAACUAUUGCAAACAAUUCAUAAUUCAAGAACAGCAGUUCAGAUUGGAUCCAUACAUAACGGGAGAAGACUUAGAGUUGAUGGAUAUGGAAAAUGAGCGAAGACUUGACGAAUUCCGUGAAUAUUCAGUUCCUGAAAGGGUCAUUGACAGUCAGCGUAUCACUCGCGAUGAUGGGUCUUCAGAACUACAGUAUUUGGUGAAGUGGUCGCGUUUGAAUUACGACGAAGUAACUUGGGAAAAGGCCACCGACAUCGUGAAACUAGCACCGGAGGAAGUGGCCCAAUUUCAAAAUAGAACAAACUCAAAAAUCCUACCUCAAUACUCGAGCAAUUAUGGAUCAGAAAGGCCGAGGUUUGAAAAGCUGAAUACCCAGCCACCUUUUGUAAAAGGUGGUGAACUAAGAGAUUUUCAGUUGACGGGUAUCAACUGGAUGGCAUUUUUGUGGUCAAAGAACGAUAACGGUAUCUUAGCCGAUGAGAUGGGUUUAGGGAAAACAGUACAAACCGUUGCCUUUAUCAGUUGGCUGAUCUACAGUAGAAGACAGAAUGGCCCACAUCUCAUUGUCGUACCAUUGUCGACUAUGCCUGCUUGGCAAGAGACCUUUACCAAAUGGGCGCCAGACUUGAAUUGCCUCUGCUACAUGGGUAACCAGAAAUCAAGAGACAUGCUCAGAGACUACGAAUUCUACACAAAUCCUCAGGCCAAAGGCAAAAAGAACGUGAAGUUUAACGUUUUGAUGACGACCUACGAAUACAUAUUGAAGGAUCGUGAUGAAUUAAGUAAAAUCAAGUGGCAGUUUCUGGCAGUGGAUGAAGCCCAUCGGUUAAAAAAUGCAGAAUCUUCCUUAUACGAGUCUUUAAACAGCUUCAAAGUAACCAACCGUCUUUUGAUUACAGGUACUCCAUUACAGAAUAACAUUAAGGAAUUAGCAGCUCUGGUGAACUUUUUGAUGCCUGGCCGAUUCACAAUUGAUCAAGAAAUUGAUUUUGAAAAUCAAGAUGACAAACAAGAAGAAUAUAUCAGGGAUUUACACCAAAGAUUGCAGCCUUUUAUAUUGAGACGUCUAAAGAAGGAUGUCGAAAAGUCGCUUCCCUCAAAAACGGAACGUAUUCUUCGUGUCGAGCUUUCCGACGUACAAACGGAGUAUUAUAAGAAUAUUCUGACCAAAAAUUACAAGGCCUUGACUGCUGGCUCUAAAGGCGGGCACUUCUCGCUCCUGAAUGUUAUGAGUGAGUUGAAAAAGGCCUCUAAUCACCCGUAUCUGUUUGACAAUGCCGAAGAACGUGUGUUGGAGAAAUUUGGUGGAGGUAAUUUAUCUAGGGAAAACAUUCUUAGAGGCUUGAUUAUGUCCUCCGGUAAAAUGGUGCUGUUGGAUCAGCUACUAACGAGGUUAAAGAAGGACAAUCAUCGUGUUUUGAUUUUUUCUCAAAUGGUCAGAAUGCUUGACAUUAUGAGUGACUACCUUUCAAUCAAGGGUAUCAAUUUCCAGCGGCUAGAUGGUACCGUUCCGUCGGCUCAAAGAAGAAUUGCUAUCGAUCACUUUAACGCUCCAGAUUCAACCGACGAGGUAUUUCUUCUAUCUACCAGAGCAGGUGGUCUCGGUAUCAACUUGAUGACUGCUGACACUGUCGUUAUCUUUGAUUCUGACUGGAAUCCCCAGGCGGAUUUACAGGCUAUGGCCAGAGCACAUCGGAUUGGUCAGAAAAAUCAUGUCAUGGUUUAUCGGUUAGUGUCUAAGGAUACUGUCGAGGAAGAGGUUUUGGAGCGGGCUCGCAAAAAGAUGAUUUUGGAAUAUGCCAUUAUCUCUCUUGGUGUGACUGAUGGUAACAAGUACACCAAGAAGAAUGAACCAAAUGCUAAGGAGCUGUCCGAAAUCUUGAAAUUUGGUGCUGGUAAUAUGUUUACUGCAACUGAUAAUCAAAAGAAAUUAGAAGACCUGAACUUGGAUGAAGUCUUAAACCAUGCUGAGGAUCACGUAACUACUCCUGAACUGGGCGAGUCCCACCUGGGGGGAGAAGAAUUUUUGAAACAGUUUGAGGUUACUGAUUACAAAGCGGAUGUUGACUGGGAUGAUAUUAUUCCUGAAGAGGAUCUGAAGAAGUUCCAAGAUGAGGAGCAGAGACGUAGAGACGAAGAGUUUGUAAAAGAGCAACUGAACCUGAUGAGUAGGCGUGACACUGCUUUACAAAAGAUAAAAAAUAGUGUCUCUGGAAAUGGUACGACUUCCAGUUCAGACUCGGAAGACGAGACGAGGUCGAAAUCCAGGAGGAGAGCUCGGGCGAAUAACUUGAACUCUAUAGGUGAAAGUGAGAUCCGCGCCUUAUACAAAGCCGACUUGAAACAUGGUGAUUUGACUGGUAAUUUUGAAACGCUCAUUGCAGAUGGCACAUUACCUGUAAGGUCUAUUGACAAGUACGAGAAAGUCUAUUCCGAAAUGAUGCAAAUGGCUAAAGAGGUUGCUGAAAACGAGGAAACAGCUAGAAACGAGAUUUUGUCGAAGCUUGAAGAGGAAGCAAAUAAGUACAGGCUGAAACUGAAAACAGGUGAAAUCAAACUAGAUGAACAAGAGAAAGUGAACCCGUUAACGAAACUUGCUGCUAAGAGGAGGGAAAAGAGAGUUGCAUUUUUCCAGUAUAUGGGUGUCAAAGGACUGAACGCGGAAACGUUUGUUUCAAGGGCAGCCGAUGUGACCUUCUUGAAGCAGUACAUGAAUCAAAACUUCAAACAAGACAAGUUGAAAUUUACAUUUGGAAAUAGGCCCAUAAAACCUGUUCAAAACUGGAAUUGCGAUUGGACGAGGGGAGAUGAUGAAAAGUUGCUUGUUGGUGUCGACAAAUACGGUUAUGGUGCUUGGUCACAAAUCAGGGAUGAUCCAUUUUUAGGUCUAACUGAUAAAAUCUUUUUAAAUGAGCCACAGGGCAACGAAAAGAAGCCCUCCCUAACUGCUGAACCCAAAAAGGGUAAAGGUAUUACAGGUUCCUCCAAGAAAGUUCCCGGUGGUAUCCAUCUGGGGAGAAGGGUGGACCAUUUGAUUUCUGUGUUAAAGGUAGGCAGCAAAGAGGGGUCACCAGUAACCAGUGUUCCUAGCAGUGCCAGCCACUCAAACGGGUCUGCAAACACAACUGCAACGAGUAUAUCUGAUAAGUUCCCCACGGGCCCCAAAAAGAAAAGACCCAGAAAACCAGUUUCGAAGACGGCAUCUCCUGCAGCGACAACCCCCAAUGGCGACACCCCACCAGCAUCCAAAAAACUGAAGCCUUUACCAAAGGGACCUGUUGCUUCUUUGAAGAACUCAAGACAGGCCACACUUAACGGGUCGUCUGGUAAACAGACAAGAGAAUUGCCGAAGAACCCAGCAGCAAUGGAAAAGCAUGAGGUGGAAUACGAUAGCAUGGAUGAGGAGGAGUGUCGACACUGCAUGAGUGCCGUGAGGGUAUCACUACAGCGUCUGAGACGUGGAGGCAAGGGACUAGACCGUAAAGAAUGGGCUAGUAUUCUGAAGACAGAACUGACGACUAUCGGUAACCAUAUCCAACAAGAGAUGACCAAAUCGACAAAAGUUAGCCCAGAAAGAUACAUGAAACACCUGUGGUCGUACACGUCAAACUUCUGGCCAGCUCCAGUUAAGAGUGCGAAAUUGAUCGCAAUGUACGAUAAAAUCACGGCCCCCAAGGAUACGGUAAAUGUAUGA